AACAAUAAUGGUUUAGAUACACAGUUUUUUAAUUAUAUUUUGUUUCGUUUCGGUCUAUAAAUUCAUUUACAGUCAGUAGCGCAGUUAAUAUAUAAAAUUACUUUCAUAAAGGUGUUUUAUCAGAAAGUAGGAAUACAUGACUUAAACAGCACCCAUACCCGCCAGAAUGGUUAAACUUGGUAACGUGCUGGUUUUGUGUGUUGCAUUUGUGACGUCAGCAGUAAGUGAAACAUGCAACGAGACGCCAUCUUGUUCAAUUUUCCCAAACCAAGACCGCGGUGUUGUGACCCUACAAGAUCUAACUCAGAAAGUGCAAUCAAAACACUGGAUAAUGAUUUACUACACGCAGUUUUCGUCCACACAGACGUAUGGUAAAUGUAACUUCAGGUGGAAUGCUCCAAAUUCCGACCAGAACGUCAAGAGAGAGUUAAUGUGCUACAAUUUUGACUUAAAGGAAUGCGAAGAUUACGAAAGGUUGGUCAAACGGAAGACAUCAGACUGCAGUCGUGGGGAAGAGAACGGUGUAAAUACAACGAUGGAUGCUAAGUUUUACAGUCAGGAUUUAGACAACUAUUUCUGGUACUACGAAUGUUAUGAGUACGACAAUGACAACAAAUGCACGACGGGAUACCUUGAUCUUCUCGUUAGCAAAACUAGAUACUCUGAUUCUGAUGAUAGUGAACUUGACCUACAAGGACUUCCCUGGCAUCUUAUUGCUUCCGACCUGAAAUACCAUUUCAACAUGGAUAUGUCGGAUGAUAAAGUGAAGUUUUCCUGGAAAGGUCCAGAAUGUGGAUUUGAUGGCAAAUUGAUCGAAACCAGCGGUACAGGAUCGGACAGGCAGAACAUCUUAGCUUUGUUAAUUGCCUUCUCCUUAUACUCGCUGUUAUUUUAGAAUAAUUAUAUUAAAGAUCCUGUAA